ACUUGAGAACUUCUCAUCAGAACUUUGGAAGCUUCUCAUCAGAAGCUUGGAAGUUUCUCAUCAGAAGCUUGGAAGCUUCUCAUCAGAAGCUUGGAAGCUUAUCAUCAGAAGCUUGAAAGCUUCUCUUCAGAAGCUUGAAAGCUUUUCGUCAGAAGCAUGAAAGCUUCUCAUCAGAAGCGUGAAAGCUUCUUAUUAAAAGUUUGGAAGCUUCUUAUCAGAAGCUCGAAAGUUUCUCAUCAGAAGCUCGAAAGCUUCUCAUUAGAAGCUUAAAUGCUUCUCAUCAGAAGCUUGGAAGCUUCUCAUCAGAAGCUUGGCAAUUUCUCAUCAGAAGCUUGGAAGCUUCUCAUCAGAAGCUUGCGAAGCUUCUCAUCAGAAGCUUGAAAGCUUUUCACUUUUUCGUUAGAUGGUUGAAAAACUGUAUUUUAUAAGUUUUAUCAGGCUAUCGUUGCCAAUGGGAAGUUUCUUCCAUAAUGCUUCAGCACCACUCGUCAAAUGCUUCUCAUCAACAAUUAGUGAAGGUAUUCAUCAGAAAUCGGUAAAUGACCUCCAGCAAACACGUUUCAAUCAUCUGCUUUAUCAUCUUUACACUUUCCACCCCUAUCAUCGCACAAAUCACGCUACCUGUCGAUUACGAACGAUGAUUGGCCGUCAACCAAUGUGAAAUGAAGAAAACCUCAUCAAUUAUUAAGAUUUUCUGAACGGUUUUCAUUUUGCAACUCCUUCCAAUCUCGUACAUACAGGGAAAAAUAUAACUGUGGAAACCAUGUGGCUAAUCAGCUGCAUUUGUGCACUUCUUCUAGGAGGAAAAUUAAUCACUGUUGAAGCAUACCAUGCCCAUCUGGCACCCCUACCGGACCUUUCCAACCAUUCCGGAAUGGUCCUAGGUCUAUCGGAAAUGAUCAAUCUGUUGGCGCCGAAAACCCUCGCCAUUCUAGUGCUCAAAGAAACCAAAAUCGACAAGAUCGAUCGUCUAACGGUCAUGAUCCACCACCACAACAUCCCAACCUGCAUCUUCAACAACCAGGAGGAGUACUUCCAGUACAUUGGCAACAACCUGAAGAAAUCGCUGGAAACGACCAGCCUCCUGUUCUGCCACCCGGAAGAAAUGCUCGAGGAUCUCGUCGAUCGACGCCUGGCGCACCGGCUCAGCCUCUACAUCUUCUACUGGGGUGCCCGUAAGGCUCCGACCGAUCUGGACCGGAGGCUGCUUCGGGAACCGCUGCGGGUGGCCGUCAUCACCAAUCCCCGGAAGAACGUCUUCCGGAUAUUCUACAACCAAGCCAAGCCGAACAACCGUGGCGAGCUGUUGAGCGCUAACUGGUUCGACGGAAACGACAUGACCUUCCAGAAGGUUCCACUGCUGCCGACGCCCACCACGGUCUACAAAAACUUCGAGGGACGGGUGUUCAAGAUUCCGGUUAUUCACAAGCCACCGUGGCAUUUUGUGACCUACCGUAAGCUGAACGAGUCGACGUUGAACGAUACUGACCUGGAACAGCUGGAGCUCAGUUCCAACGGUACGGAUCAGUACGAGGUAUUCGAGGUCACCGGCGGAAGGGAUCACAAUUUGAUACAGCUGAUCGCACAUCGGAUGAACUUCAGCUUCAAGUACGCCGAUCAGGAGGACCGGAUACAGGGAACGGCGAUCGGACCACCGGAGAACGCGACUUUUACCGGGGCGUUGGGUAUGCUCCAGAGGAGGGAAGUGGACUUAUUUCUGGGAGAUGUCGCCGUAACUUGGGAACGGAUGCAGGCGGUGGAGUUUUCGUUCUUCACCUUGGCGGAUUCGGCCGCCUUCGUUACGCAUGCUCCGCGAAAGCUCAGUGAAGCGUUAGCAUUGGUUAGGCCUUUUCAGGUAACGGUAUGGCCGCUGGUGCUGCUGACGAUCAUGAUGUCCGGUCCGAUCCUGUACAUGAUCAUUGCCAUGCCGUACCGUCUGGAAGAUUGGGCUCGGGGUACGAUGGCCCGCAGACGACGGUUUAAGAUUCAACGCGGUCCGGCGUUUUAUCAUAUGCAGUACAUUCAGGAGAUGAAUUACGGGACACUUCCAGGGAGGGCAGAGAUCGCCGGGACACCUCGACAUCCAACGCUGGAUCGUUGCAUUUGGUACACGAUCAACGUUUAUCUGAGGCAAUCGGCGACCAUUCCGUACAAUGGACACGUCUCCCGGUUCUUCUCCAUUCUUCUGUGGCUGUGUGCAACCUACGUCUUAGGAGACGUUUACUCGGCUCAACUUACGUCCCAGCUGGCUAGACCUGCGAGGGAAGGUCCCAUAGAUACCCUAGGUAAACUCGAGGUCUUCAUGCAACGGGAUGGCUACCAGCUGCUGGUCGAACGGCAGAGUGCCUUUCAAGCGGCUCUGGUCAACAGUACCGGUAUUCUGCAGCGUCUGUAUCGCAUAACCCAGAGUCAGUCGCACAACGACAACGAAUCGUACCUGGUGAACUCGGUGGAAGAUGGGAUUCGCUUUCUGGUGGACAACUCCAAGCGAGCGGUUUUCGGAGGUCGCGAGACGUUGUAUUUCAACACGAAGCGUUACGGAGCCCACCGGUUCCAGCUAAGCGAGAAGCUCUAUACGCGUUAUUCGGCAGUUGCCGUCCAGUUCGGGUCGCCGUUUCUGGACAGCCUGAAUGAAGUAAUCAUGCGUCUGUUCGAGGCCGGAAUCAUCGAGAAGAUAACGAUAGCCGAGUACGAGCGGAUGUUCGGCAGUCAGCUCGGGCAGUUCGUGGACGAGUCGGCCAAAACGACCAAACCGGAAAGCGCGGAAACCGAGGGCGGCAAGUCGAAGAAAAACGCCGACAGCAACGAGAAGCUGCAGCCGAUGAACUUGCGAAUGCUGCAAGGAGCGUUCCUGGCGCUGGCUUGUGGUCAUUCGCUGGGCGUACUAACUCUGGUUCUGGAGAAUAAGACCAAAUGCAUUCAGGUGUCCUUCGGAUGGCUCAAGGCAUGGCUUCACCGAUUUGGUCUGAUUUUCUGCAAGAUCGGACAAGCCGUUCGCCGUUCUUGGAGGCGGCUCCAUGACGAUGAUUGAAACAUUUCCCGUUCCAAUUAGAUUACGCGAAAUAUUUCGUUACGCUUGUUUUGUUUUUCGCUUCGUAGAGGUUAGGUUCUUUGUUUACAUUUUAUUCGCACAAAAAAAACACGAACAAACAGUAGUUGCACCGAAU